GUGGGAGAACACAGCAGGUGGUAGCCAGCUCCUUACCCUAGUAACAAGCUGAUAGACAGACGGUAGGUGGGAGAACACAGCAGGUGGUAGCCAGCUCCUUACCCUAGUAACAAGCUGAUAGACAGACGGUAGGUGGGACAACACAGCAGGUGGUAGCCGGCUCCUGACGCUAGUAACAAGCUGAUAGACAGACGCUACUCCAUCACAAGCAGACCGCGACCUCUACUACGCCAGCAGGGACGGUGACCUGGAGGCUGUGAAGCGGAUCCUGUCAGCGGGUCACGCCGACGUCAACAGUAGAGGAGUGAGGAGCAGAAGACCGGUGAUGGCGGCAGCACUGAGGGGACACAGGGAUAUGGUGGAGCUCCUUGCGAGGCGAGGUGCUGAUGUGUCACUGGUGGACGAUGGCGGUAACAACAUCCUUCACUACGCUUGUGAGGGAGGAGACAGGGAGACAGUGGAGUUUGUCCUGUCCCUGGACGGGGUGGACAUCAACAGUAGAGGAGAAUGGAGGAGCAGGGCACAGGUGAUGGUGGCAGCACGGAGGGGACACAGGGAUGUGGUGGAGUUCCUUGUGAGUCGAGGUGCUGAUGUGUCACUGGUGGACGAUGGCGGUAACAACAUCCUUCACUACGCCUGUGAGGGAGGAGACAGGGAGACAGUGGAGUUUGUCCUGUCCCUGGACGGGGUGGACAUCAACAGUAGAGGAGGAUGGAGCAUGACACAGGUGAUGGAGGCAGCAUGGAGGGGACAGAGGGAUAUGGUGGAGCUCCUUGUGAGUCGAGGUGCUGAUGUGUCACUGGUGGACGUAUCCCCACGUUACCUCUUUUCGAGCGUCACCUCAUUUCGAGCCGCCAAUAUACACGUGCGGAUUUAUUUGAUGACGUCAUCCAGGUAG